AGACGGGAAUGUCAAGUUUUUAAGAGUUGACUAUCCGUGAUGCCAACGUCUAUUUCCUUUGGUCUAUGACAUUUUUUGUUUUGGCGCUGCUUCGAGUUACAAUGAGUAUUUUAGAACGGAAAACAGCGAAAGUCAAUGAGCCUGCGUACGUUAAGGAUUUUUCAGAAUAUGGAAAAAUAUAUCAGAUACUUUGCUCGCCAUUCGAGUGGACGAAAGAGAUUAUAUUAGUGGCUUUUGAACAUAGGAUUCUUUUAACCAAAUCUACCUUGCAAGAAUCCUUGCAGGUAACCAAACUUGCAGAGUUUGGUCACCCAGCCCGAUGCACAUGCCUAAGUCUUUCACCUAAUACAUCGCUUAAUGUGGUACCCAAUGAAGUUUUAUUUUGUUCCGGAGCGGCUGAUUAUAAAAUUCGAGUCUUUCAAGGUGACCUGCAGGAUAAAAGCGUGUGUCGAGUCCUGAGUGGACACACCAGCUACAUCAACGAUGUCUCGUUCAAUACAGAAAACAAAUAUCUAGCUUCAGGCAGUGAUGAUAACACUGCUAGAGUAUGGUACGUUGGAAAGUAUAACCUAAAACUGACUUUGCAUUUGAGCUCGGCUGUAGUUGCCGUGGCAUGGCACGCAGCUGACGCCAGAAAACUGCUCGUGGGGGAAAAAAUUGGUUUAAUAAAAUUUUACAAUGUGGAAUCGGAGACUCCGAUUUUGUCAUUGGAUUUUGCAAAGUCCCUAACUUCGGUGCAUUGGUGUCCGAGCGAAAGCCUAGUGUUGGCAUCGCUGCAGCUCGGUGAAGUGCUAUUUUGGGAUCUGAGCAAACCAUGUUUACCACAGCAGAGCAAUUUAGUGUUUUCGGAGAACGGGGGUCAAGUCAGAUUUUCUCCGCACGAAGAACUUUAUGCAACGGUAAAUAGUUUGGAGGGUUCAUUAAAAGUUUUUCAUAUCAAGACGCAGACCAUCAAACUGAGCGUUUCUGUCUGUCUUCCGACAAAUAUUCAAUGGCAUUACCAUUACCCACUGAUUUGUGUCGGAGAUGAUUCGAAAUUGUGUUUCUGGAAGGUUAAUUAAAAUUAGUUAAUAAACUGUUAUCAGUUAAUU